CGAAUUUAUUCAAUAUUCUCUCAUUGCUUCUCUUUAUAAGGAUGAACUAUUUGGACUAUUUGGAUAGUUCUUCCUCAGAUAGAGCUCAGUAAGAACAAUGUCGUCUGUGAUGCCAAGUAUUCUUCUUGCUCUGCUCUUCCUUGUGGUAAUUCUGCAUCAAUCAGAUGCGCAACUUGAGGAGUGGUGCAUAGCUGAUGAACAGACACCAGAUAAUGAGCUGCAGAAGGCAAUUGAUUGGGCUUGUGGGAAAGGUGGUGCUGAUUGCAGUAAGAUACAACCGAAGCAGCCAUGUUACCUCCCAAAUAAUUUGAAGGACCAUGCCUCUUAUGCCUUCAACAGCUACUAUCAGAAAUUCAAGAAUAAAGGGGGAAGUUGUUACUUCAAUGGUGCUGCCAUGAUCACACAGCUUGACCCCAGUCAUAAUUCAUGUCAUUAUGAGUUUCUUCCAUGACAUAGAAGUGGGAGGAUUUUCAGCAGUGUUUUCUGCAUGUAGAAUUUGAGAUUGGAAGCAGUUUCUUCCUUGUUGAGGGAUUC